AUGUCAACACAGAAGCUGGCCGGCGGUUUCGGCUACAGUGGCCCGACGAUAGGCUUCAUAUUGCUAUUCCAGGCAAUCAUCGCAGCCAUCGCCCAGAUACGUGUUGUGCUCUGCGCCUACCCGAUUGUCUACACCUUUACACCAUUACUGCCAGGUCUGUCGGUGACGUCCAGUACGUUGGCACUGGUGCUCGUCGUUCUGGAGCUAUGGUUCAAGGUUGUGUUGUCAUCGAUUGGAUACAUCUGCUCCACCAUCCUGUAG